AUUUAUGUCAAGAUCUUGUGCACUCUAACAAAAUUUGUAAUUGCGCAUAAAUAGCAUUAAUAUUAUUUCAUAAAACUUAGUAAAAAUGUCUACACGUUGGUAUCCAAUUUAUCAACGUGGUAAUCCACAAUUGCGAGUUUUUUUACCAAACUUCUGGAUGAAGCUAGUUCGGCCAACUGAGGAGCAGCCCAAAAACAUAGCAACAUUUUCAGUUUCUAUGGAAAUGACCAAAUAUGAUGUGAAAAACUAUCUGGAAAAGAUAUAUAAAAUUCCAGUUGUUGAUGUACGUACCCGCAUUGAACUCGGACCCACGAAACGUGAUCAGGUGUAUGGCCACAUCACAAAAGAUGACGACAUAAAAUAUGCUUAUGUAACAAUGCCUAGAGAAACAGAAUUUUCAUUUCCAGAUAUAUUUGAGAAAAAAGCUGAAACAAAAGCUAACGACGAAAAAUCGUUGGACGAAUCUAAAAAUGGUUUCAAGAACUUCUUAGAAAGAAAUAAGAAACGUCCUGGAACACCAGGCUGGUAUUCAUUUUAAACAAUCAUUAGCUUAUAAUAAAAAAGUACAACAAAUUA